GAUGGAGCCUGGUCGCCGCUCGCCCUCGCCGCCGCCGCCGCCCUCCUCCUCCCUUCCCCCUGGCGGCGAGGUGGUUGCAGCAGACCCUGCCCUCGCCGAACCGCCAGCGUGUCCCCCGGGCUCCGCUCGGCCCCCGCUUCGUCCCGCCUCGCCGGAGCUGCUGGAGUUCGACGACGAUGAGGACCUGGAAGUGUUCAGCAAGGAUGCAUCCCUAACGGAGGUAAAUUCAUUCAGCCCUUUGAUGCCAAUGUCUCCAUCUUCAAUGAUAAACCAGUACAGAUUUGAAGAUGAGCCAGAAUCAAGGGAUCUUUUCAUUACAGUUGACGAGCCUGAAAGCCACAUCACUGCCAUUGAGACAUUCAUCACCUACAGGGUUGUUACAAAGACAACCCGUGGUGAAUUUGAUUCCAGUGAGUAUGAAGUUAGACGACGAUAUCAAGAUUUCCUUUGGUUAAAGGGAAGACUUGAAGAAGCACACCCAACGCUCAUUAUUCCCCCGUUGCCUGAAAAAUUCAUAAUGAAGGGAGUCAUGGAACGAUUUAAUGAAGAAUUCAUUGAAACAAGAAGGAAAGCGCUACAUAAAUUUUUAAACCGAAUUGCUGAUCACCCGACUUUAACUUUUAAUGAGGACUUAAAAAUUUUCCUUACUGCACAAGCCUGGGAGCUUUCAUCUCACAAGAAGCAAGGCCCUGGGUUGUUCAGCAGAAUGGGACAAACUGUUAAAGCAGUUGCUUCAUCCAUGCGAGGAGGUUCCGUGAAAAACCGCCCUGAAGCCUUUACAGAAAUGAAUGACUAUGUGGACAUAUUUAGCCAGAAAAUCAGUCUGUUGGACAAAAUCUCCCACCGAGUUUACAAGGAAGAGAAAGACUAUUUUUGUGAAAUGAAGGAAUUUGGCCCAAUCCACACACUGUGGUCUGCCUCUGAAGAAGACCUAGUAGACACACUCAAAGGGCUGGCCGGCUGCAUUGACAAGUGUUGCAAGGCUACCGAGAAACGGAUGUCUGUGCUCUCUGAAAGCCUCUUCCCUGCGAUCCAUGAAUAUUUGCGUUACAGUGAAAUAUUAACGGGGGUUUUGAAAAGAAGAGACCACAUCCAGGCAGAACUGGAUUCCAAAGUUGAUGCGGUAUAUAGUAAAAAGACCGAAAAUGAUCUGGCAUCUGAAGACAUAGGAAAACUUGAAGACAAAGUAGAGUGUGCCAAUAAUGCUUUGCAGGCUGAUUGGGAUAGGUGGAAGCAAAGCAUGCGUCUGGAUAUGAAGUUGGCAUUUAGCGACAUGGCAGAAAAUAAUAUCCACUAUUAUGAACAGUGCCUUGCUACCUGGGAGUCCUUUUUGACAUCUCAAACAACCACAGACAUUCGUUUGGAAGAAGAACCUGAAGAUCGGUCUUGACUUCCUCUUAUGAGGAUCUGAUAAAUCUUCCUCUGAAAUAUUGCUAGCCAAAGAAGUGCUCUGUACAUGAAAUCAAAUCCGUUUAUUCUAUAUAACUGUUAAGAUUCAAAAAUAUGUGGAAAGCAAACUUAUUGAAGUCUCAGGUAUUCUAUUGUCCUUGAUGUAUUUGAAUAGUGGUGGGGGUGUAUACACAUGUACACACAUAGUAUAUACACACACCCCGGCAGAGAGCGGGAGAGAGAGAUCUAGUUUGGAUGUAACACUAAACACUGGUUUAGUAUUAUGAGUACAAGCCUCACACUCAAGACACCCCCUCCUCUCCUCUUCUCUUCUCCAGUGUAACCAUAAGGAGUAGGCCAGAAGUUUCCAUUUUAGCUUAACCAUGAAUAGAACCCUAAAUUGUAUGACCCCUAUGUUAUGGUUAAUCUUAAACAUGGUUUGCAGAAACAAGCUAGCUUCUUAGAAGUUGGGUUGUUUCAACAAAGCAUAGUUAAGAUUAACUGCAGUUUGGAAAACAUGACAGGAAAUCAGAAGUGAAAGCUUCUAAAUGACUCAUACACAGCGUAGAAGGACUGAGAAGGAAAGUCUACAGCUUGCUUAUGCUCAUUCUCAUAAUGCUAAACUAUAAUUUAAUGUUACAUCUGAACUCAGGCACUUACACAAAAAUAGAGAGAAAUCUGGUUUCCAACGCUUGUGCAUAUAUUUAGGAUUUUUUAAAUAUAUAUAUAUAUACUGUGUAAUUUGGAUAUAAAAUAUUUUAAAUAUGUA